GGAGAUGUCGCGCGUCAGUUAGCCACGUGGUUCGCAAGUGACCAAUCGCUGAAGAGAACGGCGAAACUCCCUUCAAAGUCACCUCCCAGGACUGGAGGAGGGGGUGGCAAGAUGGCGGGGCUGCUGAGCCACCAGCAGAAGGUCCUGCGGCUGUACAAGAAGUCUAUGCGACACCUGGAGUCCUGGACUGUGUUCAGAGACCAGUUCCGCUAUGAGGCCUGCCUGCUGAGAGCUCGCUUCGAGGAGCAUAAGAAUGAGAAGGACAUGGUGAAGGCCACAUUACUGCUGAAGGCGGGCGAAGAGGAAUUCUUCAUGCGCCAGCACCCCCUGCCGUACCUGUUCCCAGACUCCCCUGGAGGAACGUCCUACGAGAGAUACGAUUGCUACAAGGUACCAGAGUGGUGUCUGGAUCACUGGCAUCCCUCGGAGAAGGCCAAGUACCCGGACUACUUUACCAAGAGAGAAGAGUGGAAGAAGCUUCGUGAUGCAAGCUGGGACCGUGAGGUUCAACAAAUCAUGGAGGAGACCCCACCAGAAGGUCCAAAGACUGAAGCGUUGCCCCCAGCCCGCAGAGAGGGUGACCUGCCCCCACUGUGGUGGGAUUAUGUGACAAGACCACGUGAAAGACCCACAUAAGAACAACAGCGCACAACAGUUCUCUCUAGUCAGUGUAUAUACAACACGCUCAGUAUAUAUAUUAAAUAUCUCUACACAACUCGG